ACCUUGUUCUGGCAGGGUGGUUCCUGCAGAUAGAUAGCCAGGGAGGAGCCUGGCCAAAGUGCUUUUCUGUAGCAGAGAUGGAAAAAGCGGAGCAGAAUGGUAUGGCCUGUUCCCAGGGCCAGGCUGGAUUUUCCUGAGGCCACCCAGGUGCACAGCUUCUGAGGAGGCCAGAAUGGGGUCGGAGCUAGGUCCUGGGGAGUUUUCAGGCUAGAAGAGAGCUGGAGCAGACCUGACGCCCAGGUUCUGACCAAGCCCUGGCCAUCCUAGCCUGUGUCCUGUGAGUGAUCCAGAUUGAGCCAAGCCGGGAAGCAGCGCCACCAGCCAUCAGCACCCCUUGAGAAGUGACAGCACGGGAGAUCCUCCAGCAAGGGGGGGAAGGGGAGGAAGGAAAGAAAAACAAAGGCGAGUGAGCGAGCGCAGGAGCCUUUGCGCCGCCUCCCUGUGCCUGCCCACAAUGUGUCAGUCAGAGGCGCGGCGAGGACCAGAGCUCCGAGCAGCAGCGAAAUGGUUGCACUUUCCCCAGCUGGCCCUGCGGAGGAGGCUGGGCCAGCUGAGCUGUAUGUCCAGACCUGCCCUGAAACUGCGCUCCUGGCCCCUGACUGUCCUGUACUACCUCCUGCCCUUUGGUGCCCUCAGGCCGCUCAGCCGGGUGGGAUGGCGGCCUGUGAGCAGGGUGGCUCUGUACAAGUCAGUGCCAACGCGUUUGCUGUCCCGGGCCUGGGGUCGCCUCAACCAGGUGGAGCUGCCGCACUGGCUACGCCGGCCUGUCUACAGCCUGUACAUCUGGACCUUCGGGGUGAACAUGAAGGAGGCAGCCGUGGAGGACUUGCACCACUACCGCAACCUCAGCGAGUUCUUCCGGCGCAAGCUGAAGCCACAGGCCCGGCCUGUCUGUGGCCUGCACAGUGUGAUCAGCCCAUCCGAUGGGAAGAUCCUCAACUUCGGGCAGGUGAAGAACUGUGAGGUCGAGCAAGUGAAGGGGGUCACCUACUCACUGGAGUCGUUCCUGGGCCCUCGCACCUACCCGGAGGACCUGCCCUUCCCCCCAGCCUCCUCAGAAGGCUGGUCACCUGGGAAGGACUCCUUCAGAAACCAGCUGGUCACCCGGGAAGGGAAUGAGCUGUACCACUGUGUCAUCUACCUGGCCCCCGGGGACUACCACUGCUUCCACUCCCCCACUGACUGGACUGUCUCCCACAGGCGCCACUUCCCAGGCUCCUUGAUGUCUGUGAACCCUGGCAUGGCCCGCUGGAUCAAAGAGCUCUUCUGCCACAAUGAACGGGUAGUCCUGACAGGGGACUGGAAACAUGGCUUCUUCUCAUUAACAGCUGUGGGGGCCACCAACGUGGGCUCUAUUCGUAUUUACUUUGACCGGGACCUGCACACCAACAGUCCAAGAUACAGCAAGGGUUCUUACAAUGACUUCAGCUUUGUGACACAUGCCAACAAGGAGGGCGUGCCCAUGCGCAAGGGCGAGCACCUGGGCGAGUUCAACCUGGGCUCCACCAUUGUGCUCAUCUUCGAGGCCCCCAAGGACUUCAAUUUCAGGCUGAAAGCAGGACAGAAGAUCCGCUUUGGGGAGGCGCUGGGCUCCCUCUAAGGCCUCUUCCUGGCUAUGGCUGCUGAGCGAAUCUUUCUACACAGGAGUAUAAGGGUCUUUUAGGCCCUGAGGAUGUCCAGGUGACCACCACAGGGCCACAGGGUGUCGGCUUGGUAGGAUUUCAAUGAUCUGCUCUUGCCCGUCCCAGGGUGCAGACAAGAGGUUCUGGACCCUUUUCACAAGGCAGCCAGAGCCCGUAUGAUGCCCUAGGCCUACCCUACAGAGAAAAUGUGUCAGUGGGAAUGAUCUGAGUCACUUGUAGAUCUUUUGUAACAUGUGUAAACUGGAGACCCCACACAUCUCCUGGCUGAGUGUUCAGCUGGUCUUGGACAUUGAAGACGGUGAGUGCUAAAGUGCCCUGUAGCUGCUCCUCCCAUCACGGGACAGUCUUCUGCAGCCCCUUGUGCUUUUUCUGGCCUUCCCCUUGUCCUCCCCAGGGUAAGGCCCCUCCCUGGUAAGGACCGUGGACCCACCCUCUCCUCAGAGCAGGCCUCACGGGGCCUUCUCUUCUUAUUCUUCCCUCGCCCUGCUUGUUGGAAAAGCAGAAUCUUCUUUGCAUCUUUGGCUGAAUGCAUUGCCUUGGACUUUGCCAUUGUUUUCUGAGGAUGGUGACUAAUGAAGUGGCCCUCCAUAGGCCCUGAGGAGUGACCUUCCAGAGCUGGCUGAGCCCUGCCUGUAGCAGGCAAGACAUUUACUGUCCGCCUUGGAGGCAGCCGCAGUCAACAGGGCAACAAGUGGAGGCCUAGCUCAGGACCAGGGUGGGGGCUGGUAUUCCCUCCCCAGAUCCAGCCCUCUAAGAAGUGGGGGAAAUUGCUGCUUUUGGCCCAGCGGCUGUGGCUGCGUUGAAGGCAAAAGAGCCUUAACGGUGGAUCAGUGCCUAGAAAACCUGUCCUGGGUGACAGGUAUGUAGGCCUUGGGGAGCCUACUGGUGGGGAUGAGGCUGAGUUUUGUGCUGAUCCUGGGAACGCUGUGAAUUUCUCCUGCAGGAGAAGUCAUUGAACUUUUUCAACUGUAUCAGUAGCACAGUAUUUUUGUAUGAAAAGCAGGAGACUUCUGAACAGUAAUUCAUUUAAUUGCAAGGCAUUUUGGAAUUAAAAAAACCCAUAAAACUGUAAAA